CACAUACGGACAGAAUGCCAAUCUAAAUUCAUUGCACCUAUGCCUCUGGGGACUUCGUCAAAUAUUCCCUCUUAGUCGCCGCGUUUUGUUAAAUGAGUUCGAAUGAAUUUUUUGAAGAUAAAGUGUCUAUUUAAUUGAGUAUCUAAUUUAUAAAGAAUUUUAUCUAAAUCGGUGCAAUAAUAUUUCUGAAAUUGAAGUGAACUGGAAAAAUGUUGGUUACGAAACCCUCGGAAAGCCUUAACAGUAGUGAAAACCAGAUUGAUUCAAAUUGAAUUUCCACAGAAAAUAACUAUUAUUACUUAAUAAUAAAAAAAAAAUUAAAAUAAAUAAAUGGAAACAAAAAUAAAUAGAUACAGUGAAAGAAAAUAAUAAUUUCUUUGGUCCCCAACAAAAGAGUGAAACUAACUUCAUCUGAUAAGGUGCAACCAGGUCGAAACAAAGUCUCUGAGUGACUCCAAACAAAAACGGAUUAUGAACAUUAGUCAUGUGAAAUGUCGAUAGUAAUGUUCGCGGAAAUAGAAAAACUCUUAAGUUAAUUAGUGAAGGAGCUUAGCACCACGGAGUGACAAAAUAUGAUGAAAAGUGCGUGCUUACGGGUCUGAUACUGACAGAUAAAAACGUACAAGUACAAUGAGCUAACUGGCACAACGACAGAUUUUAGGAGUCAUUAUUAUAUUAAAAUGCAUUCAGACGACCCACAGGAUUUGUCCGAAUUGAGUCCAGAAACGAUUAACUACGCCACACCACGAUUCGGAUUCGAUCAAGGACCAUUUGCAUUUACGUACGUCAGUUUCUUUUUAUCGUUCAUCACACCACAAGAAAUACCGCUUCCACUCGUCCAUGAUGUUAUCCAUUCCAACAUUUCAUUUGAGGAGUUUCUUGGAAAGGCGGCCAAAAUCGAAGCAGGAUUCUUGGCUGUUAUGACAUUUCUCAUAACAUUAGCACUCAUGCCUCUGGUAUUCACUAUAUCAUGGUGUUGUCGAAGAAAACCACCGGUUGAAGAAGCCGAGGAGAGCGAGGAGCCAGUAAUUCUUCUCGACGAUUCCGUGGAAACCGUGCUGACAUGCCGAAAACGGACAUCAAUUGCAAUCAUUUUCAUAAUUUUUUUACUACUAUUAUCAUGCGACGUAACCAUGAUGAUGACUAAUCAACGAUUCGAACAUACACUUGAUUCUGGGCCUGAUCUAAUAAAAUCCUCAAUAAGCGAUGUUGAACUAUUUUUGAAAGAUACUCACGUACAAAUUACAAAAUCCUUAGAUAGUGGUUUUGAUACAGCUAUUAAAAGUAUAAUCAACGAUUUAGAAGACAUCGACAUUCUACUAGGUGAACCGAUUCGGGCAGAUGUAGCUGCAAGCACUGGGAUAGAACUCGCGUUUCACACUUUAUCUGCCAUCACUCAAUCAAACUCCGAAAUAAUAAGUCGAAUAACAAAAUUACAAAAUGCCGUUAAAAACUCCCUAAAUAUCUCGGAAAUCGCAAAAGAAGAAAUGGAGGACCUUCAAAUUGGACUAUCGAUUCUGCAGAGACAAUGCACGAUACGGGAUCGCCCACUUUGCAACACGUUACGGAUACGUGGAUUCGAGGAGAAUCGAAUUAUUGAAGUGCUAAAAACCCUCCAAGAGGACCAGGGCAUCCUGCAAAUGCGAUACCUUGGCGAGAUGGAACUUGAUGGUGCCGUGAAAAAUCUAACAGUUGAAGUUGGCGUAUCAAAAUCUCUAUUUGGCAAUUUUCCAGUACAAGUGAAAAAGGACACGCUGACGCAGCGGAAUAAGACCAUCGAGCAGUUGGAGUUAAUUAAGAGCCGAACGACCACAAUGUCGCAAAUGCUGACGCAUACCAUAACAUCCCUUCUGGACCAGCUCACAGGAACCUGGGAGUCCAUCGAACCAAUCUACAACGUAGCUUUGCAUGUGUCCGCGUUCCUGUGGGGCCUCUCAUGGACUACAUCUAUCGGGAUAGCCUUCAUCCUGUUCUUCAUGUUCGCAUCUUUGACCUGCAAUUUAUGCAAUUCAAAUGUUAAGGCUGCCGUCCUUCUAGUCACGUGCGUUUGCCUUAUUUGCCUCGCGAGUUUCUUUGUCCUGCUGUUUGCCUUUUUCUCCCUAACAAUAGGCGGAAAUGGGGAGGUGAUUAUAUGCAGGACUUUGUACGGCUAUGGAGAUGUAGAUGGAGAGCAAUAUGACACGCUGGGAAAAUUGUUUGAUAGGCCAGGAUAUUUUUAUGAGCACGAACCGAAGGACGGUAUUUUGGGGGAGCUGUUACGGCCACCUGGAAGCAACGUGUCUAUUGUAAAUGUUUCACUGGCGUCGGCUAUUGAAAAAUGCGAGCAGAAUCAGUCCUCCUACCGAGUAUUCCAGCUCGACAAAUUCGUCAAUAAAACACAAAUAGCUGACCUCAAACAAUACCCAAAGCUCAAUGGAGCCAUCAAUUCAAUUCACGUGUCAGAAGAGAAUCUUCUGCUCCUCACCAAAAACAUUCAGAACAUCCUGGAACACAUGCUGGAAACGGCCGACCUCAAUCUCACAGCCUAUCGGAAUUCGAUUAACCAACCAACACCGGAAAAGGAUUUGGGCACAUUUAUCGAUCAAAUGCAACGUGUUGCGCUCCAAAUUCAGGACGUUACCACCUCGAAUCGGAUGUCAACACUUGAUACGCGAGCAAAAACACUUCAGGUUGGUGUUUUGCAACCACUGGAAGGAUUAAGGAGCGAUAUCCUGUACCAGCUUACCGUUUUGGAAAUUGAAAAGAAUGCAUGGACCAAUCAGGUUAAUCAGACGCUGAACCACUUGAAAAGUGUGCAAAAGUAUCUGGAAAAGUCGGCAGCUGAAAUUUGUACGAACUACACGAAACUUUAUUUACAAAGGAUUAAAGAUUAUUUAACAGCGGAUGAACACAAAGUUUCAGUAACAUUGGAUGAUCCAAAGGCAACCUGUCGACCGCUAUUCAAUAUUUUCGAUGCUAAUCGAAAUUUUUUAUGUCGCUAUGGAUUCGAUUCGAUAAACGGAUUAUGGUUUUGUACAUUCUCAUGUUUGCUCCUGUGGUGCAUAGGGACACCAAUCGCACUAAAUAUCAUCACAAUUCAUACUAAAUUGAAAACAGAAACAGGACGUCGACAAACAGCAAGUCACUUGUAUGGGACACCGCCUGAUAGCCGGCUUAUAAACGAGCAGAGCAACUGGGGAGCAUCUAGCUCACAACGGCCAUCACAUAUGAGCAGGCAAGAUAGUGUCCGAAGUGUGAGAUGGGAGCAAGCGGAAAUAGUCUUCGACGAUGAAGAUGACGAACCACCCUCCAUGCAACGGAAUCCCAUCGGCAGAAGUAACGACAAUUCAUUUUGAAUAGAUUAGUUAAUCGAAUUAAAAUAAGUCAAUCAAUGUAACAACUAAUAAAAUAAUCUGAUUAAA